AUGUCUAUAACUACACUCGAGCCUCCUUCUUCAAAGUCAAUUGCUAUCCAGAUCAAACUUAAUAAUGAUAUCAUCCAGAAACUUAAAACUAGUCCUGCUAAGUUGAUAGUCAGGGACGGGAAUUAUGUAUGUCCGACCUACCGCCUUCACUAUUUGCACCACGACCAUGAUCACCACUCGUGAGGUAAUUUGGUUCUGUCCAAGCUCUUUUUUUUUGUUCUUUUUUUUUUUUUUUUUUUCCUUACUAACUAGAACCUCGUAGUUUCUCAAAGUAGCAGAGGAGUACCCAUGUGUGAGACUACCGGAGAAUUCAAAUGUCGAUAUUUACUCAGGCUCAUCGUAUCAGGGCCGGGUGUCUACAAAGUUGACUGUGGUCAGUGAUUCCAGGCGGAUGAACCAGAUCAAAACCGCUACACCACUAACACCGACUCCAAGAACACCCACGCCGUUAUCUCCCAGCAUAAGAUCACCUAAACCGGCACCAGCCGUGCAAACACCACUCAAGAGUAUCAGUGCCGUUUACGAAGGUUCCAAUAACCCAUUCAAAAUCGGCGCAAAUGACCCGCGCGAGGUGGUUACGAAAAAGUUUGUAUAUCUACUAUCACUUGGACCUAUCUCCUAUCAGGCCAUAUGCCGGCUAAUGGAUUUUGCUGAGAUUGGCGAUCUUUUGGAAGAACACGCCGAGGGAUAUCAAGCGCAAAACUGCCCUGACAUGUUCCCUUAUCGCGAUGAAGGCAAUUUCCUCUACAUUUUAAAAGACAAGACUUAUAAACAACUUAUACCUAUAGAUUGGGAUUACAAGGAAAACGAACAACCAUUGGUGGUUGAUAACAUCAAUAGCGCCUUGAGCAGACUCGGGUACUCCAAAACUCAUCCCGUUCGCAAAAAGAUUCUACUGCCGACAAGGCCAAAAAAGGAAGCACCACCACCUCCUCAACCCUCGCAAACACCAGCAGCUGACGAGGUAAAGUCGAAGCCGCGAAGCGGCAACGACAACAAGUAUUACCAGGAGCUAGCGCUACUGUUCAAGUCGAAAUAUCAGGAAUAUUCGCUACUAUACGCGCAGUUGAAAAGCCACAACUCGGAUAAAGACAAGUUGAUCAAGUUGGUUGAACUACACAACUUGCUACGCGAAUGGAAAGGUAAAUUAUGGGACUAUGAUCGCAAAUUGAAGGAGAUCAAGAGGAGGAAAGUUAUCCACUACUGA